AUCUGUCCUGCCCGGACUGCUGAAAGCGGCCGCAACGCCAUGUUGGCGAAGUCUCCCAUCUCUGUGAGAAAAAAAUGAUAGAAAACAUAUUUGCCGAGAAGAAAAGGUAGAUCGCCAAAGGAGGAAGAAGACCGCGGCGAUUGUUUCGUUUGUAAGAAACGAACCGAACCGGAUCCGCAGAGGUUCCGGGCGGACGAGGGAGGCUAAACCUCCCAACCGUCCUCAUGAAUAGCACCGCUGAUCCGAACAGCGACUUUCCAUGAAAAAAAUACGUUUGUGUUGCUAUUCGAGCUUCGUUAUCCCAGUUCGUUAAAGGGAUUUGGGGCCUGCUUCAGGAUCAGCUACGCUUGCUAUAUGAAUGCAAGCUAAGCUUUGUUUAGAUCAGUAUUUAUUAGUGUAUUCUUUUUGAUUUUUUUUUUCUUUUUCUGCGAUGAGUUUGCCACCGAAAGUGGUCACUAAGCCCGCCGCUGUCGCAGUUAGCGGACCUGGAAGUGGCCCCUCUCCGUCGAGCCAACUGCGAGCUACCCUGACCUCCGUGUCUCUACCGCCGGGAGCCCCAACAGCUCCUCAGCCUGGCUCUGUACCACCACCUCCAAUCUCUCGUGUUCAGUCUUCACUGGACGAGCGGCUCUUCUCCGCACAGCCAGGAGUCGCUGUCUACAGCGUACCCAGGCACCCUGGCCCUGCUUACACAGCCCACGACAUCACAAAGGGACACCCUAACUUGGCGGGAACCCCGCCUGGUCAUGCCCACUCCCCGGCGCUCUCUCAGGUAUCAGUACCCACAGCUUCCCAAUAUCGCUACCCUAAGGGCUGGGAGGCAGGCGGAGGGUCACCGUACAACGCUGGACAAAACACCGUCUCCACUCCUUUAGUGUAUUCUCCCCAAACACAGCCAAUGAAUGCACAGCCACAGAGUCGCCCGGCCUCUGCCUCCAUCGCUCAUCCUAAACCAUGUCUGUGUCUCUCUUCUGCUCUCUAUUCUCCCCGCUUUGCCAUCACUGCUUCACUCUCCUUGCUGGACUUCUCCUCCCUCCCCCACCAGUUUGCUACGGGCCCUCGACCAACCCACCAUCAGGGAGGAUUCAGGCCCAUCCAGUUUUUUCAAAGGACUCAGAUGCAGACUGCGAGGUCCUCAAUGCCGACAAACACACCCUCCAUACGUCCAGGCUCGCAGACUCCUGCGGCGGCUGUCUACCCCACAAAUCAGCCAAUCAUGAUGACCAUGGCCCCAAUGCCUUUUCCAUCCCCACAGGCAGCACAGUACUACAUCCCACAGUAUCGCCCCAGUACACCUUAUGUGGGACCACCACAGCAGUAUUCGGUCCAGCCCCCAGGUUCCAGCACCUUCUAUCCUGGUCCAGGACCAGGGGAGUACUCCAACCCAUAUCAUCCCCUCAGGUACCAUCCUCCUGUCUCGCCCUCUGUCCCUGCUCCCGUUCCCACAGCUGGUCCAACUUUCUACCCUGGCCAGACCCUGUUUUCCCACACCCCCUCUAUCAUAGUGCCUACGCAACAGCAACCUCAACCAACCAGGCGUGAGAAGAAAACAAUCUGUAUCCGUGACCCGAAUCAGGGCGGCAAGGAUAUCACAGCAGAGAUCUUGGCGGGGGGCUCAGGGAGCAGGAACUCAACGCCCCCUGUCGGUCCCCCUUCCUCCACCCCCACACCACCACAGCACCCGAGCAGCAGCCAGACUCCAGAGCAGCAGCAGCAGCAGUCGCAGCCCCCACCCCCUCAGCAGCAACAGGCCCAUCCCGGAGGCCUCACAUUGGAGCCGCAGCAGAUACAACAGCAGCCGCUAACAACUGGGGCUUCAGACACCAAACAAGAGCCAGUUGAUUUGCCAAAAUUGGACCCAGUCGUCCAGAAGUCUUCCUCUCCUGCGCUCUUGCAGCCUGAAGCUCUCCUAGAGAGACUGGAGGUUGAUGUUUCUGUGUCUGAGCCUUCUACCUCCGUUGAGCCGGAGCUGUCCUUCCACGCCUCGCUGACUGUCGUCGCUCUACCACCUACAGCAGCCAACGCCAGUCCCUCAGCCAGGAAGUCCACUGCUUCAGUCUCCUCCAGUGGAGAGAGCAAAUCAUCGCUGGUAGCAUCUCACAUGCCCAACACAGAUAAAACUCUUCCAGACUCCCCACAAAAUUUCGCUGCUUCUCCAUCAGCUGCUCCCAAGGCUUUGAAUGGCCUCGCCGACUCGGGGAUUGACCUCGAUGUUGUAGCUCACGAGCCCUCUCUCCUUCCUCCAGCUGCGCUGCACCCCCCGGCUCCUGCUCCUGCUUACAGAGACGCCUCAUCCUCUGAAACUGUGCCCACUGACAUGAGGCCAGAGGUGCCAAUUGCUGCUGCGCUGUCCCCUCUGUCACCUGUUGCCGUGGUGCCUGUCACCCUUACCUUGAGCCCCCUCCCAACUCCGCCAGUUAUGCUCCCCCCCGGCCUUCCGCCUCUUGUGCAGGCCACAGCAGAGGCAGAUGAGCCAAGCAAGACCCCAGAAGUAAAAGACCUCAUGUCCAAAGGAGAGUUGGAGCCGCAAGGUGACAUCAGCGAGAGCAAAGUGGAGUCCCAGCAACAAGCGCUGACCAGGAGGAGCCCUACUACGGUUAAUCAGACUUCUUCUGCUAUACCAAAGACCUGGAGAAAACCAAAUGAAGUGAUCUUUGCUGGAGACGCACCUCAAAAGGAGGAUGAGGAGGAGCCCAAAGUUCUCGAUUUGCCUGCUGGUGACCAGGCCCUUCAGCCGGCUCCUCUCAGCUGCAGUCCGGUGCCCCUGCCGUCAGUCUUCCCCACCGCUGUUGCUUCCGCACCUGCUCCCACCAGCAGCCCCCAGGCUGAUGGAAAUUCCACCGUUUCCGAGGAAAAUGGCGAGGCAGAGUCGGAGCCCCUGAGAAACGGAGCGGGUCACACCUCGGAGACGGAGAGCAGCGACAGUGGAGCUACCCCUGUAGACAAAGAGAACUCCAUGGGGGCUCCUCAGGAUGUGGAAGACCUUGCUGAGCCUACUGGGAAGCGGCAGUAUGGCAGAGACUUCCUGUUGGGCUUCCAGUUCAUGCCUCAGUGCAUACAGAAACCUGAGGGGCUCCCACCAAUCAGUGAUGUGGUGCUGGACAAGAUAAACCAAAACAAGUUGUCAGCUCGGGUGGUGGACUCCAGGGUUAUUUCCAGGGGACCAGAUUUCACACCUGCUUUCGCAGACUUUGGGAGACAGAUGACUGGAGGACGGGGAGCUGCUCUCAUGAACAUGGGGACACGGCGGCCUCCGCCGAGGAAGAUCAUCGUCAACGUGUCUGUUAAUGAUGACGUUCAGCUGAAGAAAUCAGAGAAUGCCUGGAAGCCCGGCAUGAAGAGGGAGGGCUUCUCAGAGGAUCCAGAGAUACAGAAAACACAGGAGCUCUUCAGGAAGGUACGAAGCAUCCUGAACAAGCUGACGCCACAAAAGUUCAACCAGCUGAUGAAGCAGGUCACCGAUCUGACCAUUGACACAGAGGAGCGGCUCAAAGGGGUCAUCGACCUGGUUUUCGAGAAGGCCAUUGAUGAGCCCAGCUUUUCUGUGGCUUAUGGACAAAUGUGUCGGUGCCUCGCCACGCUCAAAGUGCAGAUGACGGACAAGCCCAACUCCACUGUAAAUUUUCGCAAACUGCUGCUAAACCGCUGCCAGAAGGAGUUUGAGAAAGACAAGGCAGAUGACGUGGUGUUUGAGAGGAAGCAGAAAGAGCUGGACUCUGCUGCAUUGGCGACAGAGCGUGAGCGGCUUCAGGAGGAGCUGGAGGAAGCCAAGGACAAGGCCAGACGGCGGUCCAUCGGCAACAUAAAGUUCAUCGGCGAGCUCUUCAAGCUGAAGAUGCUAACAGAAGCCAUCAUGCACGACUGUGUGGUGAAGCUGCUGAAGAACCACGAUGAAGAGUCUUUGGAGUGCCUGUGCAGGCUUCUUACCACAAUUGGGAAGGACCUUGACUUUGAGAAGGCCAAGCCUCGCAUGGAUCAGUAUUUCAACCAAAUGGAAAAAAUUGUCAAGGAGCGGAAGACCUCAUCUAGGAUACGGUUUAUGCUCCAGGAUGUUAUAGACCUGAGACUGCACAACUGGGUGUCCAGGAGAGCCGACCAGGGCCCAAAGACCAUUGAGCAGAUCCACAAGGAGGCUAAGAUUGAGGAGCAGGAAGAGCAGCGAAAGGUGCACCAGCAGCUGCUCUCCAAGGACAACAAGAGACGGCCAGAUCCACGAGAACAGAGAGAAUCACGCAAAGAUGAAACCUGGAACACUGUGCCCAUGACAAAGAACAGCAGGAGCAUCGACCCCAAUAAGAUCCCAAAGAUCUCCAAGCCUCAGAUGGAUGAGAAGAUCCAGCUAGGCCCUCGGGCUCAAGUUACAUGGGUGAAGGGCAGCAGUGGAGGAGCCAAAGCCAGUGACUCGGAGCUAUCUCGGACUGCUGGCCUAAACCGUUUCUCCGCACUGCAGUCCACACCUUUACCUCAGCCCUCGACCACACCUCCACAGAACCCUGACUAUGACUCCAGGAGAACCCUGGGAAGCAGUCGGAACAACACAGUUAGAGAACGUAGCGAAAAGCCGCUGAACUCACCCCAGUCGUCUUCACGGCCCGGCCCGUUCAUCAGGGGGGGCAGUUCUAAAGAGCUGUUGGAGACUCAAAGCCCGGAGGAGCCACGAAGGGACCGGGAGCGAGAGGGAGCAGAAUCCCGGAGGUCAAGUGUGUCGGAGGACAAAACCGAGCUGGAGCGCAGCAAAGUCAGGGAACCUGUGAAACCUGAGCCAGAGGUUCAGAAGCCAGACAGACCUGCCUUGUCGGAGGAGCAGAUCGAAAGGAAGUCAAAGUCCAUUAUUGACGAGUUCCUGCACAUAAACGAUUACAAGGAGGCUGUCCAGUGUGUGGACGAGCUGAACUUGGGCUCUCAGUUGCACAUCUUUGUGCGGAUCGGGGUGGAGUCCACCCUGGAGCGCAGUCAGAUCACACGGGACCACAUGGGCCGACUCCUCUUCCAGCUGGUGCAGCAGGGGAUGCUACCCAAGGCCCAGUUAUACAGAGGGUUUGCAGACACACUGGAGCUGGCUGACGACAUGGCCAUCGACAUUCCCCACAUAUGGCUGUACCUGGCCGAGCUGCUCAGCCCUUUGCUGAAGGACGGAGGCUUCUCUAUGAGCGAGCUCUUCAGUGAAUUAAGCAAACCUUUGCUUCCUGUUGGAAGAGCUGGGAUCUUAAUAUCAGAAAUACUGCACAUACUAUGCAAACAAAUGAGCCAUAGGAAUGUGGGAUCGUUGUGGAGGGAAUCUGGCCUAAACUGGGCCGACCUACUAGAAGAGGAGGAUGUCGAGGCUUUCAUCUCACAGCAGAAACUCCAGUUCCUUCAGUCAGAAGGUUCAAGUUCUGAGGAGGUGCAGACAAAACGGAUCUUAUCUCCUGAGGAGCUGAGUCAGCAGCUAGAGAAACUCCUCCUGGAGGACAUGGCCAGUGAUGAGCAGAUCUUUGACUGGGUAGAGGCAAACCUCGACGAGUCCCAGGCGAGCUCGUCUCCCUUCCUGAGGGCUUUGAUGACGGCUGUGUGUAAAGCAGCAGUGAAAGAUGAGAACCCUAACUGUCGUGUGGACACGGCCAUCAUCCAGAAGAGGUUGCCUGUAUUACUCAAGUACCUUAACUCAGACACUGAGCGACAGCUGCAAGCACUUUAUGCACUUCAGGCGCUGAACGUUUCCCUUGAUCAGCCUCCAAACCUUCUCCGGAUGUUCUUCGACUGUCUGUACGAUGAGGACGUCAUCUCAGAGGACGCUUUCUACAAGUGGGAGUCGAGCAAAGACCCUGCCGAGCAGCAGGGUAAGGGCGUGGCCCUCAAGUCCGUCACAGCAUUCUUUACCUGGCUGCGGGAAGCCGAGGAGGAGUCUGAGGACAAUUGACGAGGGCGGCUCCCGGGACACGGCGUAGUGGAACGGCAUCCUUAACAGCAGAACAAAUUUUUUAAGCGGCUGCACGGACGGGGCGGCGUGUUUACGGCUGGAACUAUUUUUGGUUUUCCCUUCCCCUGCGGUACAGUUGUGAAACAUACCGCCAUCUUCAGUUUGAAUUCCAACGGUGGAAGCACUAAAUACUGUAUCAUACAUAGAAAAUAUUUUUGUUUUAAAUUUUAACUUACUUUUUUGUUACUUUUUAAGAAGAGACUUAAAGAUACAUAGGUUCUGGACUCCUUAAUUUAUUAUUUUUUUAAGGACUGCAAAUUUGAAAAUUAUUUAACAUUUGCAGAUGCUCACAACAGGAACACAACAACAGAAAUAACAAUAUAAUUAAGUAUAAUAACAAAAUAAUUGUGAGAUAAAUAUCCUCCCUGGAUUUCACUCUGAUUGAGAACAGGUUAAAUGCAUCUUUAUAUUGGGAUGAAGGGGAAGCAGGAAUGAAAGAAAGCAGUGAAUAAAUAAGAACUCAUAACUUUGUUGUCGGUCAAAGGUCAUCUUGUCAUUAGCAGGAAGUUAUUUUCCUCAGCCUUGGCUGGUUCUGCGUUGAUAUGAACACACACACACCUCAAAAGAGGUAAAAUAUGCAUCUAGGAAGUGAUGCAACUAGAACUGUCAAGUUACGCAGCUGAACAAAGCGAUGAAGAACUAAAGUUAAGCAUUCAAAAGCCAAUGGCCAAGGUCUCUGAAAACAAGAUGCUUGUAAUACGACCUACGGAGCAGAGUAAAGCUUGUAAAUACAUUAAAGACAAAAAAUGUAUUUAAAAGG